UUUUCUUCCUCCUGAGUGGAGCUGCAGCAGCACAAGCUGCUCAGUCACAGACUGACAUGGAGUCACAGAGCAGCCGACUGUAGCUUCACUGGCCUCUUUAAUCCACAGAUAAUCUCCAGAAGUGUCUCCUCUCUCUGCUGCUGUUGGAGGAGGAAGAGGAGGAGGAGGAGGAGGAGGAGGAGGAGGAGGAGGAGAAGCGCUGGUAGUAGUUGUUGUUGUUGUUGGAGACCGUGCGUCCCCGGCAGCGGUGGCCGCGCUGUGAGGCGCUGGAGGCGGCGGAGGUGAGCUGCGCGCUCCGCGGCGCAUGACCGCGGUAUGGAGAUGUUGCGCCGCUCCUCUGUGUUUGCCGCUGAAGUCUUCGACCGCUCGCCCACCGACAAGGAGCUGGUGUCCCAGGCCAAAGCUCUGUGCAGGGACUACAUCCAUUCCAGGCUGAACCGUGCCGGGAUAGGCUGGUCCAACCCGGAGCACGGGCUGUCUGCGUCAGGGGGGGCAUUAGGGGAGAUAUCUGUGGUUCUGCUGUGGCUGGGUGACGAGUUGGAGUACCUUCGACCCAAUGUUUACCGCAACGUAGCGCGACAGUUGAACAUCACCGUGGCGUCAGAGGGUGUGGUGUCUGACGCCUUCCUGGCUGUGGCUGCAGACAUUUUCUCCACAGGUAUAACGUGGGGAAAGGUGGUGUCUCUGUACGCCGUGGCCGGGGCCUUGGCCGUGGACUGUGUCCGUCACGGUCACCCAGCCAUGGUCCACACCAUCGUCGACUGCAUGGGCGAGUUUGUCCGCAAGAGUCUCACCUCCUGGUUAAAAAGAAGAGGUGGCUGGGUGGACGUCACAAAGUGCGUGGUCAACACUGACCCCAGCUUCCACUCGCACUGGCUGGUGACCGCUGCCUGUGCUUUUGGACACUAUGUGAAGGCCAUCGUGUUGUACCUGCUGAGAGAGAGGUGAACGACGGAGAGCAAAGCCACCGGCACUGCACGCCACCGCUGCCCUGAAGCAUCCACUGCUUUGGAUUAUGUUUACACUCAUUUGCACUGAGCCUUCAUUGAUGGACACAUAAUCCCCUGAACACAGACUCCCUUCGCUUCCUCUGCUCCCACGUGACUAUUUAUUAUUAUAUGAAUGUAUAAAAUCACUAAUAUUUUUAGCUUUUCAUUUUCCCACAAACAGCAGGUUUUCAUGCCUGUUUGAGUCGCGGUUUGGCCUCCCCUAGUGGCUGAAAUGAUAACUGCUUUUAUUUUGGCACAUAAAUGGAUGAUUGGGUAGGGCUGCAACGAUUACUUGAUGAAUCAUCGUCAACUAACUUUUAUAAUUGAUCAAAUUAGUUUAAGAAAAAUAAUAUUUUUUGGUUCUUUACUUCAUAUUACAAGGAAAUGAUUGUGGUUUGUGGACGAAAAACAAGACAUUUCAGGUUUGGUCAAUAUAUUUCAAGAAUUUCUAACAUUUUAUGGGCCAAACAGUUAUUCUAUUAAUGGAGAAAAUAAUCGUCAGAUUAAUCGAUAAUGAAAAUAAUUGCUCGUUUCAUUCAUGAAGACUCUCGUGUCUCUGCUUUUCACCUGGACACAAGCUGUCGAUUGCAUGUUAGAUUAAUGGAAACUAUUUUUCUUAAUGCAGAUGUAUGUUUUACCUUCAACAAUCCUGUCUCUGUUCAGGGUUUUUUUAUUAUUAUUUUUUUUAUUAAUCAUCACAAUAGCUAGCAUCUAGCAAUAGCGACAAAGUCAGUAUUGAGAACUGUUUUUCCUUCAUUUCGUUCUGAAUUGAAUUGAAGAUCAACAGUUUCAAUCUUGUAUUAUAGUUAAUGUACAGACUCAUGUUAUCAGAAUAAUCAGUGAACUGAAAUAACACAUUCGAACUGAGGUUCUAUUUGUGUAUAAAUGUUUUAAAGGGAUAGUUUGGGUGCUUUUAAAGGAAUACUUCACUGAUUUGCAUUUAGCUUUGUAUUACUAGAAUAGGGGUAGUAUUUUUGAAAAAUUGUGCUUCCCAAUUUCCCACUUUCCUCUGAGUUGAGAAAUAUCUUUAUUCUUUUUUUUGUUACGUGCUCACCAGGGACACUUGGUCCAAGCCUCGGUCGAAGGUUUGACAUUUUACCCUAACUCUGCACUGUCAAAGAUAUGUGUUGCUUUGGAAUUGGCUCACUCCCUGCAUCAAAGUCCACUGAGAAAGGCAGUGAUUUUACAUAAUGGCACAAAGGAUUCAGUUCAUCUCACUUCACGGUGCUAAAGAUAUUUUCUCUAUGGACUUUGGUGUGGGUUAGUUAACGGUUUACAAACUUAAGUAUAUCCCAGUAGUAAAAUGAAGUGGUGAACAUAUUCUUAAAAUAUCAUAGACUUCAGCUGGUGUCGAUUUUAUGUUGCUCAAAUUAGGGCUGAACAAUUCAGCGAAAUGUUAUCAAAAUCACAUUACGGCCUACUGCAAUUUACAAAUCCAAAAUGUGUGUCAAAUUACAAUUUUGAAAUUAAUUGAAUUGUCCUCGAUAUUUAUUCAAAAUCUUUCAGCUCUAGCUAAAAGUGACUCAAACCUUUUCAUUGUGUCAGUAUUUCAUAAAACCACUCUUCAAAAAAUCUUUAACACAAAGAAAACAAAAACAAAAUGUGGCCCCCUGCCCAAAUUGAAACCUCGUAUUUCAGACAGCUCUUUACAUUCAAUGAACUUGAUGCUGUUCUACUGUGAUUCCAUGUAUUUUAUUGGAUUGUGAUGGCAGAUGUGCAAAGUUUAAGUAUGUUCCUUGUAAGUUUGAGCACUUUUAAUAACAUUUCAGUUCAUGUAAGAGUAAGAUUUUAUUCCAUGAAUAAUUUCACUUUGAUGUGGCAUGUUUUUUCGAUUUUGUGAUCUAAACAAAAUAAAUGUCUGUGUAUUUAACAGUGAAUAAGUUAA